CUCUUAUGUUGCACACAGCUGCGAUCGGCUGAGCGCAAUCAGCGCCCAGUGAUUGAGAAAAAAAUAUUUUGUUCCUUUGGCAAAACCGUUAGAACAUAGAGUGCAGUCAACAGCCAUUCUUUACGCUGAACCACGUCGAAAUUAUUCACUACACUUUCAUUCACAGCAAUAUACUCUCCAAAACCCCAUCAUGCGUGCAGACCUGCCUGGCAACACGGUGUAAUUCUGACCGCUGAUGGCCACUUUACCGUUUUUCCUCCUUAUUCUGUAACAUCAUUGUGUGAUACAUUAUUUAAUCGGACGAAUCGCGUGAGGGUGAUGGACGCAGUGGAGAGCGGCAGUCAUGCAAAUGGGCCGCACGCUGAUUGGUCAGCGGCUGCGCCAGCUGAUUGGUCCAACUGGACGGAGCCCGCGUCGGGUCCGUGGAACGACAGCGAGCCGCACCAUGAGAUGGUACUGCUGGCCUAUCCCACGGAUUACCGCGUCAUCGCCACCAUCUUACAGGCUCUCAUCUUCCUGGCCGGAGUGGCUGGCAACAUUAUCGUUAUUGUCGUUAUCAGCAAGACCAAGAGCCUUCAGAGUCCCACUUACACUUACCUGAUCUCGCUGGCCGUUGCCGACCUGAUCGUGCUGGUGUCGGCGGUGCCAGAGGCCAUCGUGGUGCACCACAUCGGUAAGCGCUGGCUGGCUGGUCAAGUGGGAUGCUCGCUCUUCAUCUUCUCCAACUUUCUCGGCAUCAACGCCGGCAGUCUCAAUAUUUUGGCGUUCACGGUGGAGCAGUACGUCGCGGUGAUGUGUUCGGGCGGCCGGUGGCGUGCCGUAUUCAGCCGGCAUUCCCGCAUCGUGGUGGCGGUGGUGUGGCUCUUCUCCGUCCUGUACUGCGCCCCCUGGCUGGUCCUCACCGAAGUGCGGCAGGAGACGGAGUUCCCCUUCCGUGAGCAGUGCGAACUGCGCCUCUCCCGGGAACAGUACCUCGGCCUCUUCGGCGCCGACUUCCUGCUCUUCUACGUGAUCCCCUUAUUGGUGGCGGUGCUGGCGUACACCCGCAUCGCGCUCUUCAUGCUCACCGGGCCGCGCGCCUGUCCCUGGGAUAGUCCGCUGGCGUCGCGCGGCAGCCUGACCCAUCCGGACGCCGCGGCCGCCGGGCUCUUCGGGUUGCCGGCGCCGGUCCCGCCCAUCUUCCGGCCGCCGGGCACCCCGUCCACGCCCACCUCCAUCGCGGCGCGCCACACCGCCGUGGAGCCGCUGCUGGUGGCGGCUGCGCGGAAGAAGCUCCUGGCGCACGAGAACACGCUGGUGCGGGCGUCCGGGUCAGCCGCGACCUUUACGCAGCAGCGGAAAUACGUCACGCCACAGUCACGCAAACAGGUGCUACGCAUGCUGGUCAUCAUCGUGGUCCUGUUCGCCGUGGCCUGGCUGCCCUUCCGCGGGCUCCUCAUCUACAACAGUUUCGCCAGUGAACCGUGGAUGGACAUCUGGUAUCUGUUCGCUGCCAAGACGUUGAUUUACUUCAACUCGGCGAUGAACCCGAUUUUAUACAACGUCAUGAGCCGGCGUUUCCGGCUGGCCUUUAACCGUAUCGUCCUCUGCAAAUACAACGCGGCCGUGAAACGCCGCAUCAAACGCAUGAACAACAACUCGAAGAAUUCCACCGCGUCACGCAGUCACGUCGGACAGGAUGCGCUGCUCCUCUACGCUUGACCGAUUACUGAUUGGGAAGAAAGGUCACGGACGCCGGGUCCCUUUCCGCGUCCCGCAACAGGGAAGCGCCGGGUCGCGCUGCGUUAAUCAAAGUGAACGCACAAUUGCCGGCAGCGCCCAAAGGUCACAAGGCGGGUCGCCGCGGCGUCCGCCCGCGGGCGUGAUCAUACGGACGCGUGUGUUCGAAUUAUGAUGGUUUCCGUGAAAAACGCGUGAGUCAGUGUGGGGACGGGCGUGGACGCGCCAACGACUCGCGGGUACAACCGACGAUUAUCAGGGAUUAAUACAAAUUUAUGAUGGAGGGAUUGUUGACAAAUCACGUUCGGCGCACGUGCACACCGCACCGAACUCUUUUGAUUCUGCCAUAUAUAAACGACAUACACGCACAUUACUUCUCUGUACAGCGGUUUAAUCGUUUUAUACGGAACUUGCCAGAAAUGUGCUGGACCGUUUUUACCGGAUGUUGCUCGGCACGGAGGAUUUUAAUUUACGGCACCGCACCGGCCGCUGUGUAAUCGCACGGAUGAUUUAUUUAAUUCAACGUUAAAAGCGUCAGCAUUUUUUUCCAUGCUCAAUGGAUGCCCGCUGGACACAGUGUGCACCCGCUGCGAGGCGGCAGUUAACUGUAUUUCUUAAAUCGAUGUUGACUGUAUUAUUAGUUGUUGAAACAAAAUACACGUAUUUGCCUGUCAAAAUAAUAAACCUCUUUGUGGUUUCAAAAUAAUUAAGGCAAUUACAAUGUCUCGAAUGCAUAAACGGUGUA